AUGUCUUUAAAGGAAAUUGUUCAGAGGUUGUCAGGAUCAAAUGGCAUCAUGCUGGCCAUGGUGGCUUCCUGCUCCUACAGGACCACCACCACCACCACAGCGCCUCCCUCUGGCGGGCUGAAGAAUGGGGAAGAAAAAUUAGAACAGACUCCUCAAGAUUGUGAAGACAUUCGCCCUGAGAUGAAAGAUGACAUACGUGACCCCACCUACCAGGAUGAGGAGGGCCCCCCGCCCAAGCUGGAGUACGUCUGGAAAAACAUCAUCCUCAUGGCCCUGCUGCACGUGGGAGCCCUGUAUGGAAUCACGCUGGUUCCCUCCUGCAAGUACCACACCUGGAUCUGGACAUUUUUCUUACUUUUCUUUUGUGGCCUGGGCAUCACGGCUGGGGCUCAUCGGCUAUGGAGCCAUCGAACUUACAAAGCACGGCUGCCCCUGAGGGUCUUCCUCAUCAUCGCCAACACCAUGGCUUUCCAGAAUGAUGUGUAUGAGUGGACCCGAGAUCAUCGCACCCACCACAAGUUCUCAGACACCCACGCUGAUCCUCACAAUUCCCAUCGUGGCUUUUUCUUCUCUCACGUGGGUUGGUUACUUGUGCGCAAACACCCAGCCGUCAAAGAGAAGGGAAGUUUGGUGAACAUGUCUGACCUAAAAGCUGAGAAGUUGGUGAUGUUCCAGAGGAGGUACUACAUUCCUGCUGUCCUGGUGACCUCAUUCAUCCUGCCCACAGUGGUGCCUUGUUAUUGUUGGGGUGAAACCUUUCUACAUAGCUUGUUCAUUGCCACUAUCCUGAGAUACGCUAUGGCGCUCAAUAUCACCUGGCUGGUGAACAGUGCUGCCCACCUCUAUGGAUAUCGCCCUUAUGACAAGAACAUUAGCUCUCGGGAGAAUAUUCUGGUUUCAAUGGGAGCUAUGGGGGAGGGCUUCCACAACUACCACCACGCCUUCCCCUACGACUACUCCACCAGUGAGUACCGCUGGCACAUCAACGUCACCACAUUCUUCAUCGACUGCAUGGCGGCCAUCGGUCUGGCUUACGACCGGAAGAAGGUAUCCGCGGCCUCCGUCUUGGCCAGGACUAAAAGAACUGGAGAUGGAAGCUACAAGAGUGACUGA